UUGAUUUCCACUCAUUUGUUCACGAGUUGAGCGGUCGGUUGUGUGUUGUAUUUUCUGGUGAAUUGCACGAUUUUGCGGCGAGUGAUAUUACGUACGCAUUUUUAUUUUUAAUUAGAUGAAUAAAAUCGUGCAUAAAUCCGGUUUUUCUACAACUCGAAAUCAUUUCUAAACUGCGCUACAGAAGCGCAAAAUGUAAUUAUAAUUAAAUAAUAUCGAUUAAGAACAAGUGAAAAAUUGUGAAUUUAGAUUAGUGAAGAAGUCAACAUACUCUACAUACAUAUAUACGUGAAUGUGUGUGUGUGUGCGCUAUUGUUGCGCUAACCCCUCAUACCUGCUGUUGAUUAACCAUCCCUUGCCAGUUUCAAACGCAUCUUUAUGAACUGCUUGAUUAUACCAAGCCGCCAAUUAUUUGUGUGUGUGGGCAAAAAGUGCUUGUAACAGCAACAAUAUAAAUGGGAAGUGUGUUCAAAGCUAUUUGCAUACAUUCCUUUUAAUUAAAUUUGCUUCGCAUUUCGGUUUUCACAUUUAAUAGAGUGCAGAUUAUUUGUAGUACUAAACGCUUCCAUAACAUAAACGCUUACAAGCAAUACACGCUUCCUCGCUUUUUAGCAGUGCUUGGCUGACAGAUCGUCGAGCUGCAGUGCGUUAGAGAAUCAUAAAACUAAAAUCUAAGUAAAAAUGACGUUACAACAGUUGUUGAAUUACAAAUACCUGACCAAGGAGCAACUAAAUGGCUUUGACAACUACAAAUACAGCGCACGCGACACCUCGCCCCUGAGCGUAUAUGUUAUGCACCCAUUCUGGAAUUGGACUGUCAAGUUCUUUCCCCGAUGGCUGGCACCGAAUGUUAUGACCUUUCUUGGCUUCCUUUGUACGGUGGUGAAUUUGCUGCUGCUAUCUUAUUAUGAUUGGAGUUUCUAUGCGAGUUCUGGCUUACCAAACACCACCCCCAUACCAAAUUGGGUGUGGCUGUGCUGCGCUAUCAAUAUUUUCUUGGCCUACACAUUGGAUGGUAUCGAUGGCAAACAAGCACGCCGCAUUGGUUUAUCCGGGCCGCUGGGUGAACUCUUCGAUCAUGGGCUCGACUCAUAUACAGCAGUGCUGAUACCCACUUGCCUGUAUAGCAUUUUUGGACGUAGUCCCGAGUACUCUGUGGCACCCAUACGCAUGUACUACGUAUGUUGGAUGGUGUUCUUCAACUUUUAUGUCUCUCACUGGGAAAAGUAUAAUACCGGCGUUUUGUAUUUACCCUGGGGUUAUGAUUUGAGCAUGUGGGGCUCAACAGCUAUGUACCUGUUGACAUGGUGGUUCGGCUAUGAAUUUUGGCAACAAACACUACCAUUCGGCAUCACGCUCGGUCUGAUGAUGGAGUUCGUUUUGCACAUCAGCGCAAUGGCCAAUACACCGAUGGUGGUGAUUAAUGUGUACAACUCUUACGUGCAGCGCACGGGAAAAAUGCGUUGCUUCAGUGAAGCAAUGCGUCCAUUAUGGCCACUUUUGGCGUUCAUUGUCAUAAUGCUGCUGUGGCCUUACAUCUCACCGAAUGAUAUUAUGGAAAAAGAUCCACGCAUAAUGUUUCUGUUGAGCGGGACAAUAUUCUCGAAUAUAAGUUGUCGUCUGAUUGUGGCGCAAAUGUCCAAUACGCGUUGCGAUGCCUUUCAUUAUAUGAUGCCCGUAUUCUUGAUCUUCGUCGGCAUCGGCUUAUGGAUACCGCUGCUCGAACGUUUAAUGCUCUACGUGCUGUUCAUCGUUACCACACUAACACACUGGCAUUAUGGCACAAAUGUGGUGAAUGAAAUGUGUGAGCAUUUCAAUCGCAUUUGCUUCAGCGUGAAUAUGCGACAACCAGCUGUGCGACAUGCCGAAGACGUACGCCUGCAUGACAUGGAGAAAACCGACUAAUCAACUGAAACUAAACCAAAAACAAAGAAAAAAAAAAGACAAGUGUGCUUACACAAAAAUAUACAUAUUUUUCAGUUAGGCAACAACAACAACAACAAAAGCAACACAGGAGGCUCGAUAUCAAUUUUUUCAACACUUUACUUAAUAUUCUAAUGUUAAGGUGUUUUCCAAAGCAUCUUUAGCUAUAUUUGCAACGGUAAAGUGCGGGUGCAUAUGUACGGUUAACUUGUCUUGUGCUGUCACUGUGCUAAACUUUAAUUUAGAUUUUAUUCUAUUUUAUAUUUUGUGCAUUUACAAAGCGUGCAGUAAAUUUGUGCUCUCUAUGGAAAAUCGAAAAGUGAAGACCAUAUAACUAAAUGUGCUAACUUUUUUUUUAAGUGGAACAACAAGUUUUUGAAUACUGCAAUGCCAUUUAGUGUCAAUAAAAUACAGAUAAAACAGCGGCAGUUUAGUUGGCAGCUCAGUUCAUAUAAGUUCAUAUUAAAUUCUAAAAGGCUUCGAGUGAAACUAUUAUUUAUUAUGCAAUCGUAAUAAAUAGUAAAUAAUUAAUAAUUUUAAACAGCCAUAUAAUUUAAACUAUUUAUUCUAAUUUAUUAUUUUUGUCUCUCUCUCUCUCGUGCGUAUUCGCUGUCGAAGUGUAGUGUGUGCUGAAAUACUAAGAACUUUCUAUGUCUAAAUCUUAUUCACUUAAAACUGAAUACCGCGCUUUGCUCAAGUGUAUGCAUUUUAUUUGCAAAAUGACCGAAUGCAUUUUAACAUAUUGCUGUGUGCAAUAUCUUUCAUUCAGCAUCACGCAUCACUUGCCAUUUUUAUUAUUUCUAUUAUUUCGCCUACAAAUCUUCGCUUCAUUUUACAUCACUUUAAGUUAGUCAUAAGUUCAUAGUAUUUAUUUUGUGUAUUAUUUUAUUGCCAACAAAAUAAUUUAUUCAAAUGAAGUUAUAAAAAAACGAUUUACCUAUAACCGCUUGAACCUCUUAAUAUUUUUGUUUACAUUAAUAUUAAUUUAAUGCAAGUUUCAUAAAUUUUAUUUUUACAAAACUAAAUGAAAAUAUACAACAAACAUA